AUGUCUACUCUCAAGACUGUUGCAAACUACUCUGUCCUCAUUCACCCUCCUGGCUUCUAUAUUAUCGGAUUUGAGACUUUUUCAAACGUCAGCGUCUACAUGAUAUUCCUGGCGUUUGUCUAUGUGGUUACGCUUGUGUUCAACAGUUUACUGAUGUACAUAAUUGCGCGUAACCAGUGCUUGCACACUCCAAAAUAUCUGGCCAUUGUCAACCUGGCAGUAGUUGAUAUCCUCUUCAACACAAGCAUCAUUCCCAGCAUGAUUAAGACCUUUCUCUUUAAGGACAACUUCAUCUCUUUUAACUUGUGCCUGGUUGAGAUGUACUCUUACUACACUUUUGGAUCCAUGGAGUCGUAUUCGCUCGCUAUCCUUGCCUAUGACCGCUUGAUUGUGAUAUGUUUACCUCUGCAUCAAAACUUAUUCAACACACUGACAAUAAUGUCUAGUAUUAUUGGAAUCACGUGGGUUUACAGUGCAGGAAGAAUGGCAUACAACGUAGCAAUGAUAGCGGAGCUGUCCUAUUGUAAUUCUGUGAGGGUGAUGAGUUAUUUCUGUGAUUAUGCACCUGUGUUUAGACUCGCCUGUGAUGACAACUCUGCGCAGUGGGCCAUAGCUUCAACUUCUAGUUUGGUGAACCUCUUACUCCCCUUUACUUUCAUCCUUCUGUCUUACAGCACCAUCCUGGUGACUGUGUUCAGGAUGAAAUCAGUGACCAACAGGAUGAAAGCUCUUGGAACUUGUGUUGAGCACUUCAUUCUUGUUGGUAUAUUUUACAUUCCCAUAUUCUCUAUCUUCCUCUAUGGGCUUUAUUUUGGAGCCAUGGAUCCAGACGUGCGUGUGCUGAGCCUGUCGCUAGCAUCUUGCCUCCCACCUUGCAUCAAUCCUAUUUUGUAUUCUCUAAAAACCAAAGAGAUUAAAACAAGAGCUGUGGCACUAGUCCGUAGGAUGAAAACAAGCCCUUGA